UGUCUGUCCUUGCCAGGGUUCAUCAUGAUAGAGAAGUCUCUGCUGCUUCUGCAUCUCCUGCUGCAGCUUUCUCCUGCAGGAACCACUGAAAGUAGUAUCAUCGGAGGGAAGAAGGCCAAGCCCCACUCCAGGCCCUACAUGGUCUCUCUCCAGGUAGACGGUUCUCAUACCUGUGGGGGCUUUCUCGUCCGAGAGGACUUUGUCCUUACUGCUGCCCACUGUUUCAGUAGAUCUCUGACAGCAGUUCUAGGAGCUGAAAACCUAAAGAAGACGGAAAAGAAAUUUCAACAGAAGAUUCCAGUGAAAAAAUAUUACAAGCAUCAAAUCAACCAGAAAUCUAAAUUUGAUUUUGAUAUCAUGCUUUUGAAGCUGCAGCGCAAUGCCACUAUUAACAAGAAUGUCAAAGUCAUACCCCUGCCGAAGAAAGGGGAAACCGUGCCAGAAAACACCAAGUGCCUGAUGUCUGGAUGGGGGAGGAAAAAGCCUGACGGACCAGCACAAGACUUUCUGCAGGAGGUGGUGCUCAGCGUCCUGAGCAAUAAGAAUUGCAAGAAGGUUUGGCAGGAAAACUUUGUUGGAAACAGAAUGAUGUGCACGCGUUAUGACGGCAAGGGAAUCUGUGAGGGAGACUCUGGAGGACCUCUCAUUUGUAACAACAAGCCUCAUGGGAUAGCUUCCUUCAUGUCAACGCCCUGCAACGAAGCAUAUCCAAACGUGUACAUGAAAGUGUCAUACUUUAUUCCCUGGAUAGAGGAAACAAUGAGCAACUGAUAAAACAAGUGCCUAAUUUUUUUUAGAUUUAGAAUUUUAGACUUUUGUUAAAAGUUGUUUUUUUUUUUGCAAUCAAAAUCAUUUUCUAUUUUUCUUGUGAUUACUUUCUGAAAGUGUCUGCAGGGAAUAGGAUUUUAGAAGUUACUUUUGCUUAGUAGAUUGUUGUUUAUUAGUAAUAAAAGGAAAACCCAAAUUAAUCACAAAAUAAAAAAGUAAUAAAAAAGAAAUCCUCUUC